GAAGGAAGGAAAGAGGGAAAGAAGUGAAAAGAGGAGAAGCGAAGGAAAGAGAAAGGGAAAUAAGAGAGAUGAAUAACACAUCCAGUCCUGAGCCUCAGCCCAUUCUGACCAUCUUCUCUUCCGAGCCCCUUAUCAAAUUUGGAAAUAACACAGUCGGGAGGGGCUGCAGAUAUUUCAGGAGAGCUUCAACCCUGAUUGAGCAACCGGGUGGUGAGGGUGGAAUUCAGCUUAAGGAAAAGUCAGUGCAGCAUCUGGGAACAGCAGGCAGAAACAGAGGACGAAGCGGAGGGCUCCUGGCUGGGCCACAUGUGAGAGGGAAGCUUAAGAUGUUGUCUUUCCCUUUUUCUCUCCAUAGGAUGAAGCCUUCAACUCCACUUCUUCUGAUCGCCUGCCUUGUGAUGUCCCUCAACAGCUACACCCAACAGGUCCCUCACUGUGUGUCUCUUCCCGGCUCAGAAAAGACGGUUUUUAUCUGCAAUGCUUCAUCGCUCCAUGAAUUUCCCAAAGGCUUCCCCAGUGAAACCAAGACAAUCUCCGUUCAGUCCACCCAGAUCUCUGGCCUUGACGCGGAGGCCCUGCAGGGUCUUCCGGAGCUCCAGGAGCUCUAUCUGACCAACAACCAGUUGAAGACCCUUCCAGGUGGCCUCUUCCGUAACCUCCCACACCUGCACUACCUGAAUCUUUCCAGAAAUCUCCUGGAAGAUCUACCUCCAGCGCUCUUCGCCAAUGCAGGUAACCUGACCUACUUAGCCCUCGGUGGAAACCAACUGGCCGAACUGCGCCGGUCCUGGUUCGAUACCCUGGGGGACCUCAAGACCCUGCAUCUCGAGCACAAUCAGCUGAAGGAGAUCCCGGAUUCUUGCUUCCAAAAGCUGACCCUGCUGACGUUCCUGGAUCUCUCCUCCAACCUCCUCCGCUGCCUCUCUCCAGAGAUGUUCAGAGGCCUCACGUUUUUAACGGCCUUACUACUGGAAAACAACCCCAUCAAGUCGAUUGCCCCUAACACCUUCCAUGGGACUCCCAAGCUGAAGAUGAUCUCACUGAGGAACAGCAGCCUGACCCAUGUUCCGCCUGGGCUCUUUCGGUUCCUGAGGUAUCUUCAAUGGUUGGAUCUUUCCAGCAAUGAGAUCGCCUCUCUGGAUUCUCCCUUGGUCUCUUGGUCUUUUGGACUCCUGCUCAAAAUCUCUGGGAACCCCUGGGCGUGUGACUGCCGCCUGCAGGCCCUCUUCGACUGGUUCCGGGAAGACUUCGUGCUUUUGUUCCCUAAUCUCCCCAAUGUGGUCUGUGCUUUCCCCAGAAGUUUGAAGGGUCAAAUUGCAACUUCACUUAACAGAUCCCAACUUUGUGCCUCCUAAAGCCUUCGAGACGGAUCUUUUCCCAGCCUGCUCAGCUGGUGUGCUGCAAGAUGGAUGGACCUCAACUCCCAGAAUUCCCAAGCUGGCAUGCUUUCAGAUGAUUGGACUUCAGUCCCCAGAAUCCCCCAGCCACCAUACAUGGACUUCAACUCCCAGAAU